UAUCUUUGUUUUGGUAUUUUUGUUUAGUUGUUAACGCUGGUCCUUUGACUAUCAUACACAGUUUUGAGAGUUGUUCUUUGAGCCACUUGCUCAAAUGUCUAUAUUAUUGUAUCUUGAAACUUUGUCAUACUCGAUUUUAUUCUUGAUAGCCAACGCUCCAUAACUUCUGUUAUGAAUUUCUACAGACAAAACCUGUUUUACUGGGUUAGCCUUCCCAAGAUUUGCUUCCAACUUGACUCUUACUUUUAUGAUUUCUUAAGCUAUUUUGUAGUGACAGUAGUUACCAGUUUUUCCAUCCAGACGUCUAGUGUAAAAAGAAAGGAUUGUUGAUACUUUUGGGAAAGAGCCUAUAUGUUUAGUCAAAAUAUGGCGAGAGUGGCUUCUGUGAGUAUUUGCAUUGCAGAUUAGAGCUUCGGUUUUAUGUCAGAUUCUUUGAGAUUUGUCUUAAUAGCUAGUUAAAUUUGCAAAACCAUAGAAUGGAUUAGUGUAGCAUAAUGCAGGAAGAAAAGCUGCCUCAAUUUCCAAAUAACUGAUUAAAUUCUUCCAACAGUAAGUAUUUUAUACUUCUGUUUAGUGCAACUAAUAACACAGAAUCUAAUGAUUAAAUUAAAGGAACCUGAUGAUUAAGUAGGAAGAAAAUUCUCUUAACAAGGGCAGAACACAUGGGAAGAGCUUAAUCUUGAGGAGUGCUGAUUAAACACCAUAGAAGCACAGGAAGAAAAACACCCACAGCAAAUCCAGCCCACUGUAAAUGCAAGCUUUAACUGUCUCUUGAGACCAUCGCUUCAUUCAUAGGCUGUGUGACCAUGCCUCUUCACUGCUUGGAUUGGUAGGCUUCAAAAUACUUGUUUCAUAGCAAGAAAAGAAAUUUAGUAAAGAUAGUGGCAGAAGAAUAACAUUUGGAAUAAUGGCAACAGGAGACCUAAAUGGAAGUUUAAGAAAAAUAGAACAAGGACUUCGCUUGUUAAAUUAUCCAAGGGAUGUGGAUUAUACAGUGUUAAUAAAGGGUGAUCCAGCUGCAUUUUUACCUAUCAUCAGCUAUUGUUUUACAUCUUUUUCAACGUGCAUAGCAGAGCUUUUGGUAAAGUGUGAUGUGGAACUGACAGCCAAGAGUGACUUGCGUUUUAUUGAAGCCAUUUAUAAGUUCCUUCGUGAUCAAUUUCAGUAUAAACCAAUUUUAACAAAAGAGCAGUUUCUUCAGUUUGGCUUUGCGGAAAGGAAAAUGCAAAUCGUUUGUGACAUUAUCAAUUGUGUGGUGAAGAAACAUAAGGAGUUGAGUAACUCUAGUAAGGUUAAAUCCCAAACGAGGAAAAAAAUCAGACCUUUUAAAUUUGAAGUAUGGCCAAAUUGUGAUAAAGGUCUUGCUGAUCCUAGUGGCAGUGCUCUGAAUUCCAAACAGAAGCCUCAAAAGAAGCCUCUGGUUGAACGGCACUCAGGAAAUGAAGUUAGUGGUGACCUUCAUCCACUACCCCUUCCAGCACAGGGAGAGAAUGAGGAAGAAUUGUGCCUAGAUAAUGAUAUUGUGGAAGUUAAAUGUGAACAAGUCAUAGAAGAAAAUUCACAAAUUGAAUUUUUAAAGAAUCAGCUUGCAGAUUUCCAGGAAAAGCUUCAUAAGCUAGAUUGGAUGGAAGAUAAGCUACAAGUUUUAGAAGAGAAACUGCAAGGAAAGGUGAUCAUAGAUGAGAAGGACUGGAAUAACUUACUGAAUCGAGUUUUGCUUCUUGAAACAGGACUGUUGUUACAAUCCAAAAAGAGAGACUUAUCUAAAGAGUCCAGCAGUAUAAAUCAGGAAAGUGCUUCUAGUAGCAUUCCAGUUUCUCUUGAUACAGAGAGGAAUGAAGAGAUGCCAGAAAGUCAUCUUCAGUCGUCUGGAUGCAGUUCUCUGUUAUCCACAGACCAAUCUCCCAAAGACAUGACCAUUAAUUCUCAUGAUCUGACAGACAUUUCAAAGGAGACAAUAAGACAAAGAAUGGAAAAGAUAAGUAAAAUAAUUGAAGAAACCUUCAACUUGUUCAAAACACCAAGCCCACCUCUGGGAGUACCUGAAAGCAAAAGUCUUCAGACCUGGUCUCUGCAGACUUACGGAUAUCAGAAAUAAUAUGUAUGUUUGUACAGCAUUAAAUUUUUAAUAUAUCGAAUUUGUAAUGAUCACCAGUGCUUUUAUGGCUUUGAAUAAAUAUUUUACUCAUAUAUCUGUGUAUUGAUUUCCCUCCUCAGGACCACAAUUUUUGGUUUUAAAGACUGUUCAAACAGCUUCUUCCCCCCUUGUUGCACUUUUGUAAAUUGAAGUCAUUACAGCAGUGUAUUCUUGUGUUGACAUUUGUUAGCAGUGUGCUAAGUAAUAUGUUUUUUAAAGUGUGGGCUUGAGGACCGUGGUUUACAUCCUGUUGGAAACAUUCCAGCUGGAACUUGAGUAUUACACCCAAGAGGCAUUCUUACAUACCAUCUUACCAUCUGUACUGUUGAAUAAGUCUCAAUAAAAAAACUUACAUACACAGUUACAAAUA